AUGGAAGGUGUGCAGAUACUCUUCUCCCUGAUCGCCAGUUUCAAGAAUGCACACGACCAGGCCAAGCACAAUAAGAUGAUCCUGGACCUGCUGCGGGAGCAUGUGGAACUGACCAACAGCUGCCUACAGGAAAUCCGAGAAAGGAGAGUGGAGUUGCAGAUCAGCUGCUUUUGCAACUUGAAGCGGGUGCUGCGGGAUUGUGUGGUGCUUGUGGAGAAGCACACAAAUGUGGACCGCAAAGGUGUGGUGAAGCGGCUUCUGGCUUACUUGAAGGAGACCCUGAUGGCGCACCAGGUGCUGGCAGACGUGCAGCUGCUUACCCAGCGGCUGGACAUGUACCUGCACCGUUUGCAGCAGGGCUUGGGGCUGCAAAUCUUGCAGCAGGUGCAAGAUCUGCCCAAAACGGUGCCGAAGGAGGCCCUGGAGAGGGACGAGAAGCAGAACGAGAUCUUCCUGAGGCUGGAGGAGGCCCAGUCCAACGGCAGGGCGGAGCCCCCACUGCGGGAGCUGAUGCGCGGGCCUCAGGAACCCAUGGCGUGGAACCUCGACGCGGCCGACAUCACGUGGGUUAUGGACGGUGACCAGAGGGCCGUGAUCGGCGACGGCUCGAUGGGGCUGGUGUACAAGGCCCGGUGGCGCGACCUUGAGGUGGCCGUCAAGGAGCUGCCCGUGGGCCAGGACAUCCUCCAGCCGGACUCCUACUCCGAGUUCGUCGCCGAGGUGCAGUUCUUCAGCCGCAUCGCCCACCCCAACGUCAUCAGGCUGCAUGGCGCCCGCCUGGACGCCCAACCCUACAUGAUGGUCCUGGAGCGCGCCACCGCCGGAAACCUCGGUUCCCUUAGGCCAGGCGCCCCUGGCGCCCCCGCCUCGUGGGUUGCCCGCACCCAGCUGCUCCUGGACGCCGCGCGCGGCCUGGCCCACCUGCACAAAUUUCGGGUCGCCCACCGCAACCUCAAGGCGUCCGAUCUGCUGGCCUUCGCAGAUGCCGGGACGAUCAGCGGCUAUACGAUCAAAGUAUCGGAUUUCGGGCUGGUGACGACAAGGACAAAGACGCGAAUGAUUACUCGGGGCCCCAACGGGGGCCCGUCCUCCGCCCUUUCUCCGCCGGAGUUCUCUGAGGGGACCACCCUCGGCGUUCGAUCCGAUGUCUUUGCGUUCGGUGUGGUCAUGUACGAGUUCGCGGGGCGCAGGCCGCCCGCCACGCGGUUCGCCCCCGGGGCCUUCAGGCCGAUGGGGCAGCAGGAGCUGGAGAAGUACUUCCGGGUGGCGGAGGCCUGCCCCCCGGCGCUGAGGCAGCUCAUGGGCGACUGCUGCGCGGUGAACCCGCACGGGCGGCCCAGCAUGGUCAGCGUGGUUGGGAGGCUGAAGAGGCUGGCCGGGGUCCUUAUCAGGGACGCGCUGGAGCGCUGA